AUGGGGACCGUGGAUACCACUGAUCGCCUGACCAGGCUGAGGAAGCUGAUGCAGGAGAACAAGGUGGAUGUGUACAUUGUUCCCUCCGAGGAUAGCCAUCAAUCCGAGUACAUUGCGCCGUGUGAUGCCCGUCGAGAGUUCAUCUCUGGUUUCUCGGGCUCCGCCGGUACCGCGAUCAUCUCCCUGACCAAGGCCGCCCUAUCUACGGAUGGACGGUACUUCAACCAGGCCGCGAAGCAAUUGGACAGCAAUUGGGAGCUGCUUAAGCGUGGAAUUGAAGGGGUUCCUACUUGGCAGGAAUGGACAACGGAACAGGCUCAGGGCGGCAAGGCAGUGGGUGUUGAUCCGUCUUUGAUCACAGCCUCUGGCGCGCGCAAACUCGCCGAGACUCUUGAGAAGAACGGAUCGUCGCUCGUGGGUAUCCAGCAAAACCUGGUCGAUUCGGUCUGGGGCAAGGACCGCCCGCCACGCCCCAGUGAGAAGGUGCGGGUGCACCCCAACAAAUAUGCCGGCAAGUCCUUCCAGGACAAGGUGGCCGACCUUCGCAAGGAGUUAGAAACCAAGAAAAAAGGCGCCUUCUUUAUUUCUAUGCUCGAUGAGAUUGCCUGGUUGUUCAACCUGCGAGGAAGCGACAUUCCCUACAACCCGGUGUUUUUCUCAUAUGCCGUGGUCACGCCCACCACUGCGGAGCUCUAUGUCGAAGAUGACAAGCUGACACCAGAGGUCAAGGCUCAUCUCGGCAAGGAUGUGAUCGUCAAGCCGUAUGACUCCAUCUAUGCGGACGCGAAAUCCUUGAGCGAAGCUCGAAGCAAGUCCAGUGGCAAUGCCGAAGCCCCGUUCAAAUUUCUGCUUUCAAACAAAGCUUCCUGGGCUCUUAGUCUCAAUUUGGGAGGCGAGGAGCAGGUCGAGGAGGCCCGCAGCCCGAUCGCCGAUGCCAAAGCCGUCAAGAAUGACACUGAGCUGGACGGCAUGCGGGCGUGUCACAUUCGGGAUGGCGCCUCCCUGACCGAGUACUUUGCUUGGCUUGAGAACGAACUGGUCAACAAGAAGACGACCCUGGACGAAGUCGACGCUGCAGACAAGCUCGAACAGAUCCGCUCCAAGAAGGAUCUAUUCGCCGGUCUUUCGUUCGACACCAUCUCUUCUACGGGCCCUAACGGUGCGGUUAUCCACUACAAACCUGAGAAGGGAAGCUGCUCUGUCAUUGACCCCAAGGCCAUCUAUCUCUGCGACUCUGGCUGCCAGUACCUGGAUGGAACCACUGACACCACGCGGACGCACCACUUUGGUCAGCCGACGGAGUUCGAGAAGCGAGCAUUCACUUUGGUGCUCAAGGGUAUGAUUGGCAUCGACACUGCGGUGUUCCCCAAGGGUACCAGUGGAUUUGCCAUUGAUGUUUUGGCCCGUCAGUUCCUGUGGAAGGAAGGCCUUGACUUUCUCCACGGUACAGGGCACGGAAUUGGGUCUUAUCUGAACGUCCACGAGGGACCCAUGGGUAUCGGCACUCGUGUGCAGUACACUGAAGUGCCCAUUGCUGCUGGAAACGUCAUCUCGGAUGAACCCGGAUACUACGAGGACGGCAAGUUUGGCAUUCGAAUUGAGAAUGUCGUUUUGUGCAAGGAGGUCAACCCGCCCAACAAGUUCGGCGACAAGCAAUGGCUGGGCUUCGAACACGUUACGAUGACGCCGAUCGGUCGCAAGCUGAUCGAGCCGUCGCUGCUGAGCGAUGCUGAGCUCAAGUGGGUGAACGACUACCACGCCGAGAUUUGGGACAAGACGCACCACUUCUUUACGGAGGACGAGCUGACGACCAAGUGGCUGGAGCGUGAGACCAAGCCUAUCUCUAAGUAG